AUGGCUGUCACUUCUUCUUCUUCUCCCUCGAUGCUGCUUCUUCGGAAUUUCGCUACGGUGGUUAGGGUUUCUCAGUCGUUUCGAGCGAGUUCGAGAAUCAUCUUCUCCACUGGAGAAUCGAUUAGGGUUCUUCCUCAAAGAUCCAUCUGUACUACUCGUGCCGCGCACAAUGAAGAAGCGGCCGCGAAAGCUGCGGCUGCUGUUGCCGACACCGGAGCUCCGACCAUAUUUGACAAGAUCAUAGCAAAAGAGAUUCCAUCAGAUAUUGUCUAUGAAGAUGAAAACGUUUUGGCAUUCAGAGACAUAAACCCACAGGCUCCUGUUCAUGUUUUGGUAAUCCCAAAGUUGAGAGAUGGUUUGACCAUGCUUGGUAAGGCUGAACCAAGACACGUAGAGGUUCUUGGCCAACUUUUACACGCAUCGAAGAUUGUUGCAGAGAAAGAAGGCAUCCUUGAUGGGUUCCGUGUGGUUAUCAACAACGGUGCUGAAGCCUGCCAAUCUGUUUACCAUCUUCAUCUACACGUCCUCGGUGGCCGACAGAUGAAAUGGCCACCCGGUUAA